AUGUGGAGGUCUAUAAACACUUCAUUUUCAAAGUAUUCUAUCGAACUGGCACAAUUACUUUGCAGAUGCCUCAAGGAUCCCUUCAGAGAUAAAGCUUUAGCACGAUAUAAACUCAAUUUGAAGCAGACAAAUUAUGUUAACGGAGUUCCACAGUCUCCAGAAUUCCCCAAAGAAUUUAAGUAA